UAAAAUGAAAAAAAGAAUUACUUUAUCCACCUCCAAAGUGAGUUAGUAGUUGAUACUAACCAUAUAUAGCCACACUCCUCAGCUACUCUGAUCAAAACAAGGGGACAUCUUUGUUUGUGAUGAGCAUGAACAUGAACAUGGCUCUGUUUCUGAUGUUCCUUGUUCUGCACAUAGCUUGGCUUGUAGCAUCAUCGGAUCUCCGAGCUGGCUUUUACUCAAAAACAUGUCCAAAAGCGGAAGUCAUAGUCCGAGAUGUGAUGAAGAAAGCCCUUAUGAGGGAAGCCAGAAGUGUUGCCUCUGUCAUGCGCUUCCAGUUCCAUGAUUGCUUUGUGAAUGGGUGUGAUGGGUCUAUGUUGCUUGAUGACACAGCAACGAUGCUUGGGGAGAAAAUGGCCCUCUCAAAUAUAAAUUCGCUGAGAUCAUAUAAAGUUGUUGAUCAAGUCAAGCAAGCGCUCGAGAAGGACUGCCCAGGAGUGGUUUCCUGUGCUGACAUCAUAAUCAUGGCUUCCAGAGAUGCUGUCGCUCUGACAGGUGGACCCGAGUGGGAGGUGAGGUUGGGAAGAUUGGACAGCUUGAGUGCGAGUCAAGAAGACUCAAACAACAUCAUGCCGAGCCCAAGAGCCAACGCAAGCUCUCUUAUUGAUCUCUUCCAGAAAUAUAACCUCAGCGUGAAAGACCUUGUAGCACUCUCAGGAUCUCACUCUAUUGGCCAAGGUCGUUGUUUCUCCAUCAUGUUUAGGCUAUACAAUCAAUCUGGAACUGGAAGGCCUGAUCCUGCCAUUGAUCCUAGCUAUAGGCAAGAGCUUAACAGGAUAUGUCCACUGGAUGUUGACCAAAAUGUCACUGGGAACCUUGAUUCCACGCCUCUCGUCUUUGAUAACCAAUAUUUCAAGGAUUUGGUUGCUGGGAGGGGCUUUCUCAACUCUGAUCAAACACUCUUCACAUCCCCUCACACAAGGGAGUUUGUGAGGUUAUUUAGUAGACGCCAAACUGAGUUUUUCAAAGCAUUUGUCGAAGGAAUGUUGAAGAUGGGUGACUUGCAGUCUGGUCGUCCUGGGGAAGUUAGGACUAAUUGCCGGUUCGUCAACGCUCGCCCGGCUAAUUUGCUGCUUCAGUCUCCACGCGACAUGGAGAGUAACGAUAAAUAAAAAUAAGUGCAUGUCUCUUCAGAUUAUAUGUUAUCCAACUAUGAAACAAAAUAUUUCACUUCCAAAUUCAGAACAACUAUGUUAUCAACAGAAUCGUAUUUGAAAAAUUGAAUGCAGCUAUUUCACUUCCAAA